CAGGCUGGGAGCCUGCAGCUCCCUGCAACUGCUCAGGAUGCUCUGCUGCAGCCCCUAGACAGACACCUCUCUGUGAAUGAGGUUACUGAGCCCAAGCUUCACUCCCAGCUAGAAAAUUCCCAUCAGCCGGGGCCAAGAAGACACCACCCACUGCAUCAUUAAAUUGUAACAAGCCCUGGAACUGACUCCAGAAGCCCUGCCUGCCUGUCCUUGCAGUUGGAAGGAAGCAUGUGAUUGGCUGACCAGGCUCAGCCUAGCAGGCCUUAUCUCCAGCUGGUUAUUAUUUAAUGAAAGAGCCUUCCUCCUCCUAUGGUGUUUCAAAACCGUGCUGAGAGUAUUUGCUGUUGCCAGGAGGCUGUCUCGGAGGUUACCGAAGAGCACCCGAAAUCCUCCAACCCCUGGCCCACUAACAAGUGCACAGAAGAGCUUUUUAUUCAUCCACACCUGGGCUGUCUUCUCCAGAGUCUUGGUCAGCUUUGCUCAUCAACUGAUUGUGAAUAACCCUCCAAACACUGGAGUCAAGGAUACAGACAGCAGCGUGCGCCUCCUGUUGUGUGGACGUUCUGCUCUGGAAGCUGAUAGCUGAAGGCUGAAUUUUUAUUUUGUAAUACAGAACUUUUAUCCCAGCACAUGAUUUGGGAGUUAUAUUUUGUGACAUGGAUGAAUCUGCAUUGGCGCUUAGCACCAUAGAUGUUUCGUAUCUGCCACAUUCAUCAGAAUACAAUCUUGGUCGAUGUAAACACACAAGUGAGGAAUGGGCUGAGUGGGGCUUCAGACCUACCUUCUUCAGGUCUGCAACUCUCAAAUGGAAAGAAAGCCUGAUGAGCCGGAAGAGGCCGUUUGUUGGAAGAUGUUGCUACUCGUGCACUCCCCAGAGCUGGGAAAAAUUUUUCAACCCCAGUAUCCCAUCUUUGGGUUUGCGGAAUGUUAUUUAUAUCAAUGAAACUCACACAAGGCACCGAGGAUGGCUUGCAAGACGUCUUUCUUAUGUCCUUUUUAUUCAAGAGCGGGAUGUCCAUAAGGGCAUGUUUGCCACCAAUGUGACAGAGAACGUGCUGAACAGCAGCAGAGUCCAAGAGGCAAUUGCUGAAGUGGCUGCUGAACUGAACCCAGAUGGCUCUGCCCAGCAGCAGUCCAAAGCUGUCCAGAAAGUGAAAAAGAAAGCCAAAAAGAUCCUUCAAGAAAUGGUUGCCACUGUCUCACCGGGGAUGAUCAGACUGACUGGGUGGAUACUGCUGAAACUGUUCAACAGCUUCUUCUGGAACAUUCAGAUUCACAAGGGCCAACUGGAGAUGGUUAAAGCUGCAACUGAGACAAAUUUGCCACUUAUAUUUCUGCCAGUCCACAGAUCUCACAUUGACUACCUGGUGGUCACUUUCAUUCUCUUCUGCCAUAACAUCAAAGCACCGUACAUCGCUUCGGGCAAUAAUCUCAACAUCCCAAUCUUCAGUACCUUGAUCCAUAAGCUCGGGGGCUUUUUCAUACGACGGAGGCUAGACGAAACACCAGAUGGACGAAAAGAUACUCUUUAUAGAGCUUUGCUGCAUGGGCACGUAGUUGAACUACUUCGGCAGCAGCAGUUCUUGGAGAUCUUCCUGGAAGGCACACGCUCCAGGAGUGGGCGGACCUCCUGUGCGAGGGCGGGACUCCUGUCAGUGGUGGUGGACACGCUGGCUACCAGUACCACCCCGGACGUCUUGAUAAUACCUGUUGGAAUCUCCUAUGAUCGGAUAAUCGAAGGUCACUACAACGGCGAACAACUGGGCAAACCUAAGAAGAAUGAGAGCCUUUGGAGUGUAGCAAGAGGUGUUAUCAGAAUGUUAAGAAAAAACUAUGGCUAUGUCCGAGUGGAUUUUGCACAACCGUUUUCCUUAAAGGAAUAUUUAGAAAGUCAAAGUCAGAAACCUGUGUCUGCUCCACUUAAUCUGGAGCAAGCGCUGUUACCAGCUAUACUUCCUUUAAGACCUAAUGAUGCUGCUGCUGAAGGUACAGACAUGUCCAAUAACGAGUCCAGAAAUGCAGCAGAUGAAUUCUUCCGGAGAAGGCUGAUUGCAAAUCUGGCUGAGCACAUUCUGUUCACUGCUAGCAAGUCCUGUGCCAUUAUGUCCACACACAUUGUGGCCUGCCUGCUCCUCUACAGACACAGGCAGGGGAUUGAUCUCUCCACAUUGGUGGAAGACUUCUUUGUGAUGAAGGAGGAAGUUCUGGCUCGUGAUUUUGACCUGGGAUUCUCAGGAAAUUCAGAAGAUGUUGUCAUGCAUGCUAUACAGCUGCUGGGAAAUUGCGUCACAAUCACGCACACCAGCAGGAACGGUGAAUUUUUUAUUACUCCCAGCACAACUGUGCCGUCAGUCUUUGAACUCAACUUCUACAGCAGCGGGGUACUUCCUGUCUUUAUCAUGGAGGCUAUCAUAGCCUGCAGCCUGUAUGCAGUUAUGAACAAGAGGGGCUCAGGAGGGCCCUCCAGUACCUCUGGCAGCAUGGUCAGCCAGGAGCAGCUGGUGCGGAAAGCCGCCAGCCUGUGCUAUCUGCUCUCCAAUGAAGGCACCAUUUCUCUUCCCUGCCAGACUUUUUACCAAGUUUGCCAUGAAACAGUAGGAAGGUUCAUUCAGUAUGGCAUUCUUACAGUGGCCGAGCAAGAUGAGCAGGAAGAUAUCAGUCCUGGCCUUGCAGAGCAGCACUGGGACAAGAAGCUUCCUGCACCAUUGUCAUGGCGGAGUGACGAAGAAGAUGAAGACAGUGACUUUGGUGAGGAGCAGCGAGAUUGCUACCUGAAGGUGAGCCAGUCCAAGGAGCACCAGCAGUUCCUCACCUUCCUGCAGAGGCUCCUGGGGCCCUUGCUGGAGGCCUACAGCUCUGCUGCCAUCUUCGUCCACAACUUCAGUGGUCCUAUUCCGGAGCCUGAGUAUCUGCAGAAGCUGCACAAAUACCUGCUGACCAGGACAGAGAGAAAUAUUGCAGUUUAUGCUGAGAGUGCCACGUACUGCCUCGUGAAGAAUGCCGUAAAAAUGUUUAAGGACGUUGGGGUUUUCAAAGAGACCAAGCAAAAGCGAGUAUCUGUUUUGGAACUGAGCAGCACUUUCCUACCUCAAUGCCACCGGCAGAAACUCCUAGAAUAUAUUCUGAGUUUUGUGGUGCUGUAGGUAACGUGUGGCACCUCUGGCAGCUGAAAGGCUGGAGGCGGGCCCCUCGCUGCUCGUCCUCUGGCCUGAGAGUCGCAGGUGCCAGUGCGCGCCAGGUCUGCCGUGCCCGAGGUGACCUUAGAAGACAAGUGCCUUCUCCCUCUGUGGACUGCACUCUUCCUGGCCUGCGGAUGCACUGGGGGCCUCAGCCUCUGUCUGCAGCUCAUAAUCAGUAGGUUCCUAGAUGAAGUCUCAAUAAAUUAUUUUGAAGUCUAUUAACAGUUUACAUUUUAAGCGCAACUCUUACGGACCAGUUGCUCUGAUGAACACAGAAGUGUAUGCUCGAGCUCUAGAACUGAACCUUGUGUAGGAUUUAUAAUGCUGUUGGGUAAUUCAUUGGUAUAUUUUCGGAUUAAUGGUUACUAUUUCCUUUCAUAAUAAUUGAAUCUUCCAUUCACUCUUUUUCGAUUUUAUCUUUGUCAAUGUUAGCUAAAUUCCAUGUGGGAGCCCUGUUCAUCCCAAAGUGCUUUGCAGAGGAGUGGGCUGAGACGCUGCACCCAGUAUCAUUGUGUUGUUCUCUGCAGUCGGAUUUAGAAAGCAUUUUAAGAGUUACAUGAAAAUAGUAUUACUUUAGGCCAGGAACUGAGAUACUGUGAUUCAAUAGCUAACAUCAGGUGAUAAAUUUGGCUGGGAAAAUUCAAGGUAAAGUUGGCCAGCAAAUCGGCACUGAACACUGUUGCUCAUAGAAAAAAGUGCCAUUGAAUUUUGAAUGACCAGCAAGUAUUUAAAAAUGCUUCUGUUGGGCUGGGAUUUAGCUCAGUGGUGCCAUGCCUGCCUCACAAGUGCAAGGUCCUGAGUUCAGUCCCCAGUACUGGUAAAAAAGAAAAGAACAAGAAAAAACAAACCCCCUCCAGUUUUAUGUCUGCCCCUUUUCACCCCUCGGGUGGUAGGUACUGCCUCUCACAGGCAGAGCUGUUUCUUAGGAAUCCUCCAGCCACACAGCAAGUGCUCAGCUGCAGGACAGACUGCGUACAGUGCCUAGCUGCAGAUUGCUUUUAUGUCCUGCACACCGGUGCUGGCCUGCACCCACUCCGGGGGACAGGUACUCACUCGAGUUGUGUAGUGUGCAACCCAUGUGGUAUGUACAGUGACCCUACUGAUUGGUGAACAGUGGGAGGCAUUUACAGAUUUUUAGCUUUGAGAAAAAACCAUGUUUAGUAAGAAAUUUACAUUGGUUAUAUGCCUGAGGCUCAAUGCCAUGUAGAGGUAAAUAAUUAUAAAAAAUGGUCUGGUUUUAAUGGCUAGGAGCCCCUUUGUGAGUAGGGAGCAUAAUUGUCAGUUAAUCGUGGUAAUUGUGGUUAUUUGAUACAGAUCGUGUAAUGUUAAACAUUUUUUUCUAACAAUUUACUGUCCCUUAUCGCCACAGUAUCAUAGAACUAGCCAUCUUUUCUGAUGAGUGUUGCACAGAUUUUUUGGAUUUAGUGUAAAAGUAUUGAGAAUUCAGUUUGUACAUUGCUACAUUUGGAUUGUAAACACUGACAGGACCUUGUGAAUGACGUAGUGUCAGGAGAGGAGGGAUGCUGACGUCACACUGUAUGAAACAAUCUUGUCUGGAACUAAUAGCAGUAACACUGUGUGUGCUGUCAUGAUCCCCUUCUGUUCCCCUCAAAUUCUGUGUGUAAAACACGUUUUUUUCUCCAUCUUUGUAGAAACUGGUGUACUAUUAAGUCACCGUGAGUUGUCGCCACUAUGAUGUAGAGUGAGCUAUUCACCUUUUAACUUUUCAUUUUAUAAACUAGGGUGGAGGAGCACUUCCUUUGGUUGUUCUUGGGGUUACCCAGGGAGUCUUGCUCAUUCCCUUGGGUGUUUCUUAACUGGAGACUCAAAGGUUUCGCUAGCCUGCCUGCUGUCUGCCUGCCUAUCUCUCUCCCUCCCCUUCCCUCCCUUCCUCUCUCUCUCCUUCCAUCCUUCCCUCUCUCCUCUUUUUUUGUUCCUGAAUUGUAAAUCCAGGAUCAGUGAAACUCUCAGCUGGAGGAAAGUCAAGGCCGAGUCUGACUUCCCACUGCUCUGCCUGCCACUUCUGCAGAGAGCUGCUGCUUUCCCAGCCUGGAAGAAGAAACUGUGGCUUCUCUUGCUUUAUUCUUCCUUUUGGUUAUUUUCAAAAAAUUAAAUCACAUGCUUAGGGAAUGCAAUUUGCUAGCUCCCUCACCACCCAGUUCACUGUGAGGAUAAAUAUGCAUGCUUUUUGGUAAUUAACUGGUGCUUCAAAACCUUUUUUAAGGAAGAAAAGUCUCAACCAAAGUUAUGCUCAUCCAGACAAGCUGACUCUUGAGUUCAUUUAGCAUAGCUCAUUCUUCAGUGCCUCAUUACUGGGGAAAAAAAAGUCAUCACAAUAAAGCUUCCAGAUAGCACUGUUUUGCUAAUAGAUUAAAUUCUCAUUGUUUUAUAACAGUGGAUGGCUUCCAUGUUAAUCAAACUAGGUGCUUGUAAAUAAUUUAUUACAGUUUACUCCAUUGCAUUUCUGUAAAACCGAAAUGCAUGCCCUUCAGGGGAAAACUGUGAGUCAUGUUUAAAAGAACCCAAUAAUAAGCAAUAUGAAACUGCACUCUGUUUUAUAAAAUGAGAAUGUCGUAAGUAAUUCAGAAGAAAGGAAGGACUUCUGCUCUUUUAAAAUUCUAAGAAAAACAGGCAAACACGAGAACAAAGUGUGUAGAACGAGGAACCGAGAAAGCACUGCGUCAGAUCCUUCUCAGAUCUGUUAAGUCUCACGAAGUCCUGAGGGUGAGUGGAGAAAAUACACCAGGGGUGGCCAUGAAUGCAAGUGCAGGUUGGAGAGUUCCCUGCAGCCCCGGACAGAAGGAGGAAGUGGAUGUGCUGGGUCCCGGGGGCUGCUGGGAACUGAGACUGUGCUCAACAACUUCCCGUCCACUUUAGCAUGGUACGGGCUCCGCCUCGGCAGUGAGAAGCCUAUUUAACCCAGCGUUUCUCAAAUUAUCUUGACCUCAGGACCUUUUCCCCUUCUGGGACACUUCUGUACCUCUCACUAGUAUCCUGUGGAAAACAUUUUGGGAAACAUUACAUUAGGUAGUUCUUUAAGGAGACAAAACAGUAGCGAACAGAAGGCACUGAAGCAGAAUUUGCUUGCAUUUUGUACCAUGAAACAUUGCAUUGAAUGCAUAUAUUUUUCCUCCUCUGGAAAGAAUAAGCACAGAAAAUUGUAAUAUAAGUGGUCCUAGCACUUUCCUUUGAUGGAAAGAUCAGCCGUCAAUAACCUUGGCUUUUUUACUGAAAAUAGCAGAAUUAAUAUAAAGAUUAAUUGGGGUAAAUAAUGUUGCAAUUCAGAUCUAGAAGAAAACAUUGCAUAAUAGAACACAGAUUUUUAUCCAUAGAUAGUUCUAGUGUUUAGAAAUGAUAUGGUCUCUCAUUGAGGUUUAUAAGACUAUAGUACAUAAAUCAGUUUUUUAAAACUCUUUUUAGGAACCUGAGAGUUGCCACAUGGCAUUUUAGUUUAAUACAAACUAAUGAUUGCUUUGAAAGAAACUCUUGACCUUAUUUCUAGUUAAAGGGCUAGAUGUCUUGAUGGAAAGUGUUAAAAUAUUUGUUGUACAAAGAAAUGUUAGAGUGUUGUAAAAAGAAUCACGACAAAGUAUUGUAAAAUAAUGCUGUGUGAUUUUGUGAGUGAAACUUACUUGGAAAUGAUUGAUUUUUAUGCCUGAUAAUGUAUUGUGAGAAGCAUAGUAAUGUAGUUUUGUUUUAAUAAACCAAAAAAGGAACCUAUUCCGGAUGUCUUGGAUUUGUAAUUAAAAGUUUCCCACUUCAUUCAUUAUACCAACUGUUAUUCUUAUUGAACCUUACAUAGAACUUUAUUAAAAUGCUAAAAUAUACCAUCUAACCUAAA